GGCACCGUCCACGGCGCCGGGCAUUGUGGGACGGGCGGUGGGGCCAUGGCGGCGUCCGUGGCUCUGGCCGGCCUGUGCCGGCGCCUCACGGGCGCGCUGCGGCUGUCCGGAGCACGGCCGGGCCCGGCGGCUGGCGGCCUCCCAGGAUUGAUGCUGAACGUGUUCCACAAGAACCUAGCAAAAACUGAGCCACUCCAUCAGUUGAGGUUUCUGCACACUACUUUGUCUCUGAAAGGUCUGGAGGAAUUUUUUGAUGAUCCAAAAAACUGGGGAGAAAAAACAGUGAAGUCUGGGGAUGCGUGGAAUAUAAAGCAUUUAAGGGCCAAGAGUAGUGAAGACUUGCACAAGCUUUGGUAUGUCCUACUGAAGGAAAAAAACAUGCUUUUAACUUUAGAGCAAGAAUCCAAACGACAACUCAAGCCUAUGCCCAGUCCAGAACGAUUGAAAAAGGUAGAAAAGUCUAUGAAAAAUAUAGACUUGGUUGUCCAAGAAAGAGAAGUUGCUUUAAGGCUUUUACAGACUGGCCAUGAAAAACCAGUACCUGGCGAAUGGAGACAUGACUUCUUGGGACGCACCUUCUGGUACAGUUACAAGGAAUGGCCAAUACCAUGGCACUUGAAUGAAAGAUACAGGAACAAGAGAUUCUAUUACUUAACUCAUGUGAAUAAAUUUAUCAGGCUCAGACUUGAAAAGAAUUUACGCAGAAGGGCAAGAAGGCAAAGCCUGGAGAGGAAGAGGAAGAAGGUCUUGGAAAGGAAGUUCCCUCACCUUGCUGCAAAAUCUCAGAGCCAGUAACAUGCUGGAAGACCACAAGCACUCUGUCAAGUACCUUUGUGACUGGAUCAUCAUACAAGUUUUAAAACCAGUUAACAACUUGACUGAGCAUUCCUCAGAGCUUCCUUUUUUAACUUUUAAUCCAACAUUUGACCUAAAUUAAACUUGUGACCUGGAAUUAAAAAGCAGCUUCGGUAGAUAACUCAGAUUACUCCUAACAGUUCUUUCUGAAAACAUUUGUUAAGCUACAGAUUAGUCAGCUAUUAGAAAAGUGAGACAUCAUUAAUGGUGAAAAGCAGCAACUGACUGCCAUAUGAAAAAUUUAAAGCAGGUAAAUACACUAUCUGUGCUUUAUCAGAACUACUAUGUUAAAACCGUGACAGCCUCCAGCCUUUGUUCCCAGAUCACUCAAAUUAGGGGACAUUAUUGGUAAGUCUAUACCUGGAUUUCUAGACACCUGCUGUGCUAAAGUCAAACAUUUUUGCAGUGUGCCAAAUAUUUGAAGACUGGUAACAGUCCUCAUGAAACUGAACUACAAAGGGACUGCUGCUGCUCAGCUGAUGGUAAAAACCUACUUCGUGACAGCUUUUAACCUUCAAAUGAAGUUGUGUAGUAAUGUAGUUACAAAUUCUAGUCUUUCAAGAAGCAAAGGUGUUGUGCAAUAUAAUCUGCUAAAAUGCUGGAAACUCCAGAGAAAACAAAACUGUAGGAGAUAGACCUAUCUCCAUCAUUUUGGCCUUCAAUUACUCCUAUGCAUCAUACAAAACAGCCACUUGAACAGAAACAGUAGUGAGAAAAACCCAGAAGUGUUUUGCUUUUCAUAUAGCAUUAGAACAUUCAUAGAUCCUCCAUUGCACUGCAAUUCUUUUAAGAUAUGUAGAGCCUAAAAGUAGACAUGACACCAAAGCAUAGAAAAUGAAGUUUAAAGUGCAGUCAAUUCAUGAAGAGAAAAAAAAAGAAUGUCUAGUUUGUAUCUUCACCUCUAGCAACCACAAGCUGUCCAGUCAGUCUUAAUACUGAGGCCACAGUAACUUUACAAAGCAUUGCUUACUGCCCUGUGCCAAGAUACACGUUCAGUUGCUAUUUCACUCUAGUUGAAUGCAAACUAGACAUCUUUUUCGUCCAGUAUGACAGUGACUGGUGACUUAGAUCCUGUUUGUAGCCGAUUUAAGUUUCCCUCACUUUAUGAGAAAUGAAAGAGAUUUGAAAAUCUGGAGCAAGCAACUUUGUCUCAAGAGCAACUAAUGGGUAUCCUAAGACAAAAGCAAGCUGUUUUGAUAAAUUACUUUAUUGUGUGGAGGUAAUGUGAAACUGUUUUCAACUGGAGGCCUUGCCAUUAUUUACCCACAAGGUCUUUUAGGAUACAAAAAAGAUGUAGCAGUAUUGCUUACAUGAUUUUUUUGUUUUUAGAUCAAGUAAACGCUAUUUGGUUUUCCACAGCUUUUAUGAUGAGCAAAACUUGUGUCCCAAUACAGAACAUCACACAGUUGUAAAGUGAGCUUAACAGUAACAUGCAGCUGCAUCAGCCAGUUCUUGCUGAACAAAAAUAAAAUAAGAAAAAAUAUA